CACUAUAGAUUCAGCCAAAAUACAAAGUAUAGAGAGCUAAAGAUUACCAACCAAACAAACACAACACAAGGUGCUUUACCAACCUUCACUUCAGUUACCUAGAGCAGACCUGUGGACAUCAUAAUGCUUUAUAAUUUCCACCGAUUCUGGUCAUUCAUUGGCUGCGUGUAAAAUGGUUCUACAAAAAGAAAAAGAUAGGUAAAGAGACGCAGUCCUCAAAGGCUCAAACCCCACAUCUCACACAAUAAAGAUUGGUAAAGAAAUAAGGUCUUAAAACCCCAAUUAUCUAUGCUGCCUGCGGGUAAGUUUGAGUUUGAGCAAAGUGUUUACCAAUUGAAGAAAUUAAUUGUGGUCACUAAUUCAUGGCUUCAAACCAAAACCUUCACAACAUUAUUUUCCUGCUAAUAUUCUCAUGCUUGCUUAGUUUCUUUGCUGAAGCAAGGGAUACUCUCAAAGCAGGCGACUCUCUCGAUUCCUCAAGCUACCUAGUUUCUUCAAAAAGAGCAUUUACUUUGGGGUUCUUCUGCCCCUGCAUCAAUACCAACAACAGCUACUUAGGAAUAUGGUUCACCAAUGAUCAGAAAAAAAGAGUUUGGGUUGGCAACAGAAACGCAUCUGUUGUCAACACUUCUGCUGUUCUUACUUUGGAGACCACAGGGAGCCUCAAAAUUAUGUCGCAAGGUGGAGAUGCAGUAACUCUUUCUCCUGCUCAAGUCACCUACAAUAGUACUAUCAGUGCUACCCUAUUGGAUUCCGGGAACUUUGUUCUGCAAGAGUUGAACUCGAAUGGAACUCUGAAAAGGGUUUUGUGGCAAAGUUUUGAUAAGCCUACAGACUCACUUCUGCCCGAGAUGAAAUUAGGUAUUAACCACAAGAAUAGAAGUGCUUGGUCGCUUACCUCAUGGUUAAACAAUCUUAUACCAGCUCCAGGGCCUUUUAGCCUUGAAUGGGAUCCUAAGGGACACCAAAUGAUCAUUCGGCGACACGGGGUGGAGUUUUGGACUAGUGGAGUCUUAAAAGGUGACACUUUUGAGUUUAUAUCAGAAAAAUCCAAGGGCAAGUAUAAUUUCAGUGUUGUUUCAAAUGAGGAUGAAGAGUUCUUGUCUUAUUCUAAUACAAAGCAAGGUGGACAAUCAGCAUGGUUUCUAAGUUUUCAGGGGAAACUACUUAGCUUUGAUGGAUCCUAUGUUGCAGAAACUGAAAACUGUAGCGGAUACAAUACUGAUGGAGGCUGCAAGAGAUGGCUGCCAAGGUGUCGCCGUCAUGAUGAUAUGUUUGAUAAAAGAUCUGGUUACUUCAUACAUGGGCCAGACCAUACUUCCUUGGAUACAAACACGAGUCAUACCCUGAAUGAUUGCAAGGUUGCUUGCUGGUACCAGUGUGACUGCGAUGCCUAUACUUCUCUAUAUGAUAAUCAGACUGGAUGCAAAUUUUGGAACAACAAAGGAGAGUUCUUUCAUGACCUCUCUGGUGCUAUUCCACCUAUUUAUGUUCUAAUACCAAAGCCUUCCCAAAAUGAUACAAAGAAAUCGACAUGGAUUGGUUUUGUCAUAGGAGGCACUACUGCUCUUCUUGUAAUUUUCUUAUGCAUCUUGUACUAUCUGUCAAGAAGGAGAAAUGUAAUACUUAAAGGGGAGAAUGAAGCAGUGAUUGAUGAUGGAUUGCUUGAGUUAGUAAACUCUGAUAGAUUCACCAGUGCCCAUGAGUUUCAAAAUGAUAGGAAGCAGGGGCAUGAUUUAAGAGUUUUCGACUAUAAAUUCAUCAUGGCUGCCACAAAUAGCUUCUCAUUGGAAAACAAGCUUGGAGAGGGGGGCUUUGGACUCGUUUAUAAAGGAAAAAUUCCGAAAGGGCAAGAAAUAGCUGUAAAGAGACUUUCAAGAAAUUCAGGACAAGGAAUUUCAGAGUUCAAAAAUGAGUUGAUUCUCAUAUCUGAACUCCAACACAUGAAUCUUGUUCGGCUUCUGGGUUGCUGCAUUCAUGGAGGAGAAAGAAUGUUAAUCUAUGAAUACAUGCCGAACAAAAGCUUGGACUGCUUUCUCUUUGAUUCAACCAAGAGCAAGAUGUUAGAUUGGCCAAAACGUUUCAACAUAAUUGAAGGAAUUGCUCAAGGAUUGCUUUAUCUCCACAAGUAUUCAAGAUUGAGAGUAAUCCAUAGAGAUUUAAAAGCUAGUAAUAUACUCCUUGAUGAAAAUAUGAACCCCAAAAUCUCUGAUUUUGGCAUGGCAAGAAUUUUUCAACAAAAUGAAUUAGAAGCAAAUACCAAAAGGGUUGUGGGGACAUAUGGAUACAUGUCCCCUGAGUAUGCCAUGGAGGGAAUUUUCUCUGUAAAAUCUGAUGUCUAUAGUUUUGGAGUUCUAAUGCUUGAAAUCGUGAGUGGUAGAAAAAACAACAGCUUCUACCACACUGAGCACUCAGUCAAUCUAGUUGGAUAUGCAUGGGAAUUAUGGAAAGAAGGUGCCAUAUCAAACCUAAUGGAUCCGGCACUUACGGAUUCAUGUAUCGAGGAUCAGAUGCUUCAAUGCAUUCAUAUUGGUCUCUUAUGUGUAGAAGAUAGUGCAAUUGAUCGGCCAACAAUGUCAGAUGUCAUAUCUAUGUUGACAAAUGAAAGUUUGGUACUACCUUCGCCUAAAAAACCUGCAUUUUCUUUUGCAAGAAAAGCGAUUGAAGCACAGAUAUCUGACAAAGAAUCAGAAACUCACUCGAUAUAUGGGUUGUCCAUUUCCAAUAUGGUUGCACGAUGAAGAUUCUCUUAAUGGCAAAUGAAAGGAAUUUCUCAAAUAUAAUUUUGGAAGCAGACUCAAAACUUUGUAUAGAUUCUGUACUUCUCAUUCCUCAAGGCUCUAUUGGGAGAUUGGAAGAUGCUAAUAUAUUAGCUAGAGAGUUUUCUGGGAGUAAAUUUAAUUGGGUUCAUACAUCAUAAAAUGGGGUUGCUCAUGCUUUGGAAAAAUGGGCAUUAAAUGUAAUUUUUGUUGGUUACUUUUUUUUGUUGAUAAGAUUAUUGGUUACUUAAGUCACCUGACUAUUUCCCUCAUGUUUUGUUAAGGCCUUAUAGGAAAAAUGCUUGUAUUUUAGUUUGAGUAGUGAUAGAAGUAUUACAAAUUUUACUAUAUUAAGCUUACAAAUUAAUGUGUAACCAAUUGCAAAAAGGCAAUGUAAACAUUCAUUUAUGAGGUA